GCGACUGAGAGGAAAAAGAGAAGGGGUUUGUGGCCUGGCAGGCGAACCGAGGCUGUGGGCGGCUUGGCGGUUCCGCGGGGCGGUGUCCGGAGAGCUGCGGGGCCCGGACCUCCGGGGUUCACGCCACAACUCCAGGAGGUGUCUGAGCCAGCGCGCCGGCGAGGAGUAGUGGCUAGUGGGACCCCGCGGGCCGGGACCAUGGGCUGCUCCUUCUCCAAGAGGCAGAAGGAUGAGAAGGAGUCGCAGCCGGAGGGCGAGGAGGAGCGGCCGAAGCAGUACAGCUGGGACCAGCGCGAGAAGGUUGAUCCGAAAGACUACAUGUUCAGUGGACUGAAGGAUGAAACAGUAGGUCGCUUACCUGGGAAAGUGGCAGGACAACAGUUUCUCAUUCAAGACUGUGAGAACUGUAACAUCUAUAUUUUUGAUCACUCUGCUACAGUUACUAUUGAUGACUGUACUAACUGUGUCAUUUUUCUGGGACCGGUGAAAGGCAGUGUGUUUUUCCGGAAUUGCAGAGAUUGCAAGUGCGCAUUAGCCUGCCAACAGUUUCGUGUGCGGGAUUGUAGAAAGCUGGAAGUCUUUUUGUGCUGUGCCACUCAGCCCAUUAUUGAGUCUUCCACGAAUAUCAAGUUUGGCUGUUUUCAAUGGUACUACCCUGAAUUAGCUUUCCAGUUCAAAGAUGCAGGGCUCAGUAUCUUCAAUAAUACCUGGAGUAACAUUCAUGACUUUACACCUGUGUCAGGAGAACUCAAUUGGAGCCUUCUUCCAGAAGAUGCUGUCAUUCAGGACCAUGUUCCUCUACCUGCUACUGAAGAGCUCAAAGCUGUCCGCCUUUCCACAGAAGCCAGUAGAAGUAUCGUUCCAGUGUCCCGGGGUCAGAGACAGAAGAACAGUGAUGAGUCAUGCUUAGUGGUAUUAUUUGCUGGUGAUUAUACUAUCGCAAAUGCCAGGAAACUAAUUGAUGAGCUGGUUGGUAAAGGCUUUUUCCUGGUUCAGACAAAGGAGGUGUCAUUGAAAGCUGAAGAUGCUCAAAGGGUUUUUCGGGAAAAAGCACCUGACUUCCUUCCUCUUCUGAACAAAGGUCCUGUUAUUGCCUUGGAGUUCAAUGGAGAUGGUGCUGUAGAAGGAUGUCAACUUAUUGUCAACGAGAUAUUCAGUGGGACCAAGAUGUUUGUGUCAGAAAGCAAGGAUGCGGCAUCUGGAGAUAUAGACAGCUUCUACAACUUUGCUGAUAUACAAAUGGGAAUAUGAAAUGCAAUGUGGAACCAAGGACUUGAUUUUAAGCCCUUUUCAAUUUGUGUAUUAGCAGUUUUUUUUUACUGAUGCUAAAGUUGUUAAAGUCAUUUUUAAAAUAAUUUGUUGAAUACUGCAUCAUUUACUUGAGGUUCAAAAAGAGUUCAUUUUAAAUUAAGUAGUUUUAAUCAGCUUAAAAACCAUUUAACCCAGUUCAGUGAGCUUGUAGGUUUUGUUUCUCUGCAUAUGAUACUGCUAUUAGAAAAUAGAAGUGGGGCUUCCCUGGUGGCACAGUGGUUGGGAGUCCGCCUGCCAAUGCAGGGGACACAGGUUCAAGCCCUGGUCCGGGAAGAUCCCACAUGCCGCAGAGCGGCUGGGCCCGUGAGCCACAACUGCUGAGCCUGUGUGCUGCAACUACCGAAGCCCAUGUGCCUAGAGCCCACGCUGCACAACAAGAGAGGCCACUGCAAUGAGAAGACCACACACUGCAAUGAAGAGUAGCCCCCGCUCACCACAACUAGAGAAAGCCUGCAUGCAGCAGCAAAGACCCAACACAACCAAAAAUAAAUAAAUAAAAUAAAAAUAAUUUUAAAAAAAAGAAAAUAGAA